AUGUCGCCGCUAUUUGAAGAAUUUGUUGAAUUAGUUUUUCUCGAUAUUCAAGAAGCCAAGACUAACUCUGAUCAUUUAGAAAAUGCGCUAAGAAAUAAAUAUGAAGAAUACGACAAUGCUAUGAAGUCUUUAUUUGAUGAAAUGGAAAUACAAAUCAUUAAAGAGAGAGAAAAAGCUAAAAGAGAGGAGGAGGUAAAGGAAAGAAAGAUUCGCGAAAAAUUACAACAAGAACUAAACGAACGAAAUAGAUUAUUACAAGAAGUCAUUAACACCAAAGAAAAGUUAAGACAUAGGAUAGAACAAUUAUCAAACGUGGAAGAUGAACAUAAAGAAGAAAAGGAACGAUUACUGAAAGAAAAUCGAGAUCUAUCAAAAUUAUUAAAAGAAUCACAAGAGAUAGUUAAAGUUCGACAGAGAGAUAUAGAGAGAUUAGCAGAGGAAAGUGAAAAGCAAAGAAAGGCUAGAAUUAAGACAACACUUCGUAUGUCAGCUGGAUUAGCCAAAGAACAUGAAAGCCUCAGGACGCAAUUAACAAAAUUACAGGAAAUGAAUCAAAAAUUAAGAGAUGAUAAAGAUGCAUUAAUACAUGAUAGUAGCCCUCCAGCUACAAAUGGUAAUCGGUCUAUCCAGGCCUCCAUACUGCCAGACAGCUGGAAAGCUGAAAAUCAUUCACAUAUAAAUGGACAACAGAAGGGUAGUCCCACGUUAGCAAAGAGAUUAGUUGGUGGGAAUCGUCCAUUGUCUAGAGCUGGUUCUUUAAUGUCAAAGUAUUUCCCUCAUGGCCGAAAACGGCAAGAGCCUCUUCGAUUACCUAAUGAAGGUCAAGCCAAGCGUAACCUCUGA